ACAUUAAGCACGUCCUGUGUAUACAUCAGCUUAUAGUGAAUAAAAAUGGAGGAAAUCUGCUCAAUUCGGUGUGCAUGUCAUAUCAAUUAAAUAGCGGUCUAAGAAAUUAAAAGUAUCAAAAUAAUUAACGUUACUGUCAUUUGUAUAAACUUUCAGAAUGCAAAAGUUCAAAACUGUUCUCUAGCGACAUUCGCCUUAGGCAGUGUUUGUUUAUGGUCAGUGUUGAGUAACACGACCUCGACGUUACACAAGUCUAACUUGUUAGGUAAGGUCGCUGUUACGUUACUAAGCUAACUGAGCUAGCCCUCAGUGUGCAGCAGGAGUGCGUCGGUGAUGCUCAAAGUUUAAUGGUCUGCCUCUCCAGAGUCCGUCUAGUGUGGCGUCGUCUUGUCAAAAGCAGGAUGGGAGACAUGGCCUCUAAAGUCCAGAUGCCGACUCCAGAGACAGCGCUGCCCGGCCGCACUGACAGCAUCAAAGUCUCGGCCAAACAUCAUGUGAAUGGCAACAGGACUGUUCCACCUUUUCCAGAGGGGACAGAGAUGGUCGUGUUUGGGAUGGGCUGUUUCUGGGGAGCGGAGAGGAAGUUUUGGAGACAAAAAGGAGUUUAUUCCACCCAAGUAGGCUACUCUGGAGGACACACACCUAACCCCUCAUACAAGGAAGUCUGCACAGGUAGGACAGGCCACGCUGAGGUGGUGAGAGUUGUUUUCCAUCCCGACCAGAUAUGCUUCGCAAGCCUCCUCAAAGUUUUCUGGGAAAGCCAUGACCCGACUCAAGGAAUGCGGCAGGGGAACGAUAUUGGGACAGUAUACCGCUCUGCCAUCUACACCUACACGAAGCAGCAGCUCGAGGAAGCUUUGGCCUCCAAAGAUCAAUACCAGAAGGUACUAACAGAAGAAGGUUUUGGUCCAGUUACAACAGAAAUAUCUGAAGCCAAUCCAUUCUACUAUGCUGAAGACUACCACCAGCAGUACCUGAGCAAACACCCUGAUGGAUACUGUGGCCUGGGAGGGACAGGAGUCUCUUGUCCAAUAGGAAUCAAGACAAAGGCCUAGGCAGCCAAUGAUAGCCAAGAACUGUCUUCGAUAAGUGAUGUUUAAGUUUCAUAAAGCUAAUAUAUGCAAUGAUUUUGUGGAUUUUUGUACAUUUUAUGCAAUAGAGGAUCAUUUUAAGCACCAUUCUAUCCUUAGAAACGUGAGCAAUGAAUGUAGAAUUUGUCAUAAUUUUCUGACAACUUUUCCCACAAAACAAAAAAACUUGUUUUUUUUUCUCCUGGAGAGAAGAAAGGGGAAUUGUGAAAUGAUGCAGUUUGCUUUUUAAAAGCCUGUGUUAGAAGGAGCUAUAUUAAAAGUUUAUGAAA